AUGAACAUUGCAAUUUUUUUCCAGGAUGGUGACACUACCUUAGCUGAUGGUGACAAUAUCUUACACUCAGCUGUAAGAGGUGGACACCUCAACAUACUUCAAUGGUUAUUAGAAAGAACAAAGAUCGAUCCAAAAAGCGUAAAUAAGGAUGGUGACAAUAUCUUACAUUCAGCUGUAAGAGGUGGACACCUCAACAUACUUCAGUGGUUAUUAGAAAGAACAAAGAUCGAUCCAAAAAGCGUAAAUAAGGAUGGUGACAAUAUCUUACACUCAGCUGUAAGAGGUGACCACCUCAUCAUACUUCAAUGGUUAUUAGAAAGAACAAAGAUCGAUCCAAAAAGUUUAAAUAAGGAUGGUGACACUCUUUUACAUUUAGCUGUAAGAGAUGGACGCAUCAUUAUACUUCAAUGGUUGUUACAAAGAACAAAGAUCGAUCCAUAUAGCGUUAAUAAGGAUGGUGACAAUCUCUUACACUCAGCUGUAAGAGGUGGACUCCUCAACAUACUUCAAUGGUUAUUAGAAAGAACAAAGAUCGAUCCAAAAGAGGAAAAUAAGGAUAAUGACACUCUUUUACACUCAGCUGUUAGAGAUGGACACCUCCACAUACUUCAAUGGUUAUUAGAAAGAACAAAGAUCGAUCCAAAUAUCGUAAAUAAGAACGGUGACACUCUCUUACACUCAGCUUGUAGAGGUGGAGACCCAACCAUUCUUCAGUUGUUAUUAGAAAGAACAAUGAUCGAUCCAAAAAGCGUAAAUAAGGAUGGGGACACUCCAUUUGAUACAGCUGCAGAAGUAGAAAAAUUAAAAACAGUUAGACUGUUAUUAGAAAGAACAACAAUAGACCCUAAAAAAAUAUACAAGAAUGGAAACACUGUUUUACACAUAGCUGCUAGAACUGGAGAACUCGAAACAGUCAAACUGUUACUCGAAACAUCAAAUUUAGAUCCAAAUCAAAAGAAUGAGGUAUAA